UGCUCCGGCAGUUGCACGGGUGGGUGACUCGCAGUAUAGUGUGUGUGUCUAUCGUCGCAGCUGCCAGCGAUCACAGUCGUGUCGCACGACUCGGCUUUCUGCUGUUUCCCAUAGAGAUAAACCGAGCGAGACGACGCCUUCGCGCACUCUCGCAGUCGACGUGUAUUCGGUGAAGGGGAGCAAGUGCAACGAACGGAAGAAGCGACCGAGCGACCGAGCGAACGAACGAGGGGAGGGAAUAAUAGUAGACGCGGAAAAAGAGAGAGAGAGAGAAAGAGAGAAAGAGAGAAAGAGAGUGGGUGAGAGAGCAAACGAGCGAGAGAGCGGGCGAACGCGCGUGUGGUGCUAUGCCUCACCCGAGAUCGGCACGGGUGUCGUGCGGCCAGUCAUGCUGGUCCGACGGCCGUGGAGAUUCGUGAUGUAGCCCAACACACCUAGCCUAACAUUAGUUUGGCACAGGAACGCUCUCGUGCUGCUGCUGGUGUUGGUCGUCCUAGCAAACUGACCAACAUCGAUGCGUCGCGCAACAACGCUCACGGAUCUUGGUCGCCGCCGAGUCAGCUGCGUCUACACGUUCCUCGUUACCAUCGUCGUUGUCGCCGUCUACAAGAAGUGCCUUCUGCCGUCGAUCGUUCUCGGCCGUGUUCCUCGAGCCUCAUGAUUGUACGAGAAGCGAAAACGACCGCUGUGCGCCCGCGUCUCAUCUAGUCUUGACGAAUACGGCGAUCCCGCGACUGAUACGUAACCUUUGUCUAAUCCCGCAGUGCGUCUCGGUAAACUCGGUAAACGAGAGUUCGAUGAGACAAUGUCUUUAUCGCGAAAACGUGGUACUUGGUGUUAUCCUAAAUAUCACAGACUAUACCUGAUCAUCUAGGGCAUAUCAAGGCGCUCGCAGAAAAAAUUAAUCACGUAUCACGUUCGGAAAAUCAUUCUUAUCGAAGCGCGUGUGCGUGAUCCUGGCAUCGGUCUUGUCCGUUUGCCGUCUUAUUUUGAGUUUUUAGGAGUGUGAAUUUAUGCUCUUCACAAAGCGGAAACACAAUCGUGGCUUGGGUAAAAAUUUAAGGUGACUCUUUAUAGAACGAAAUGAUGAAACGGACGAUUGCAAGAGGAAUGCGUUGCAACUCUCAUUAGACGGUGCGGCAAGACGAAAAAAGACUUUGUUGCUGAACAGUCAAAGUAUCAGUAUUUGAUACAUAACCUAGAAGAAAAGAUGUCUCAGCUGAACAUAAACACAGGCAAACGUGGACGAGGUGGAGGUGCGAGCACAUCUGCAUCGGCUGUGUCUGCAUUGAGCAGCUCCACCGAUCUGGCAAGCUUAUUUGAAUGUCCAGUUUGCUUCGAUUAUGUGCUUCCACCCAUCUUACAAUGUCAGAGUGGUCAUCUUGUGUGCACAAAUUGUCGACCAAAGCUCUCUUGUUGCCCUACUUGCAGAGGUCCUCUGGGCAAUAUACGUAACUUGGCGAUGGAAAAAGUAGCUAGCAAUGUAAUGUUUCCCUGCAAGUAUUCUACCAGUGGCUGUACAGUUUCUCUAGUGCAUACUGAGAAAGCUGACCACGAGGAUGCGUGCGAGUACCGUCCAUACAGUUGUCCUUGUCCGGGUGCAUCUUGCAAGUGGCAGGGAUCUUUGGAACAAGUAAUGCCUCAUCUUGUUAUGAGUCAUAAAAGCAUCACGACUCUACAAGGAGAAGACAUUGUUUUCUUGGCAACUGAUAUUAAUCUCCCUGGAGCUGUCGAUUGGGUGAUGAUGCAGUCUUGUUUUAACCAUAACUUCAUGCUAGUACUUGAGAAGCAAGAGAAAUAUGACGGACAUCAGCAGUUUUUCGCGAUUGUACAAUUAAUCGGCUCGAGAAAGCAAGCGGAGAACUUUGCUUACAGACUAGAACUAAAUGGGCACAGAAGACGCUUGACAUGGGAAGCGAUGCCGCGUUCUAUUCACGAGGGUGUGUCGUCUGCGAUUUUAAAUUCUGACUGUCUUGUAUUUGACACCUCUAUUGCGCAAUUGUUUGCUGACAAUGGAAAUUUAGGAAUUAACGUUACGAUUUCUAUGGCAUGAGGAAAGCCAGAAAAAGCAGUAUAAAAUGGAAGAGAGAAAAGGAAAACAAACUAUGCAGACAUAUCGAGCAGUCUUUUGGAUGACGAGUACGCCAAAUGUACCCGGGGAUUGCCCGCCAUGCAUAGUUAAUGGUUUUUUCUUAUGUUACCACAGAUAAAUAUUAGCAGUACAGAGAGAGAUAUAAGGAAGUGUUCGAAACGUGUUGAUGACACGAAUCAUUCGAAAUGCUCGGUACAGGACUGCCGUUGAGAAGCUUUAAAGUAUACUUGCGUGUGAUAUCAGCACUCACAGAUGGACACAACAAAAACAUGUUUUCAGUACAUCCAUGAUACAACUUUAAAGCUUUUACAUUGAGUACGACAUCUAAUUCCGAGGGAAAGUGUACCUGAUAUUUGCCGCGCGCUAUUAUCACCUUACUCCCACUCAUUUCAUAUUAACUUCUCAGCAAUUCUUCAGAGAAAAACUAUAUAUUAUGAGUAAAUUGUACGGCGCCUCUUGUCUGUGUUACAAUAUUUUUCAGUAUUUCUUACUAAUGCGAAUCUUAAUUGCGAGAGCUUACAUCGCCGAUUGUACUAUUUCACAAGUUUAUUUUGAAUCUCGCAAAUAUACAAUUAUCGCAUUUAAUUUGACAUUAAUGCAUACUUUUGUAUCGCUGUUUUUGUUUAUUAAAAAAAUUACCUUUUCAUUCUCUCUUGUAAAAUAACACUUGUAAAAUAACAUUUCAUUCGUUGUUAAUUUUCUAUUUCAUUAAGGGUCCUGUAUGUAUACGAGUCUUGUAUAUAAUGUGAUAGGUCUGGCUCUUGUUCAUAAAUAAGCGCAGUAUAUAUCGUUUGAUUAUUCGACAACAGGAUGUAGAUGUAUGCUUUUCGUGAUUUUCUUAUGCACGAGUAGCAAUGAAAAGCAGAUCAGUUUCUCAGGAUCUAGUCCGAUUGUCGAAACGAGAUAUUAAUAUUUUUACAACAAUUAUAUCAACACAGUAAGGAUAGUAAUGUUCACAAUUGCAGCAUGGUUCCUGUAAGCAUGAUAUAAAAGAAAGUCGAGCGAUCGAAACGUUUACGUUGAAAUUACAGAAAUAUUCCCGGAAAUGUUAUAUUAAACACGAGUUUUAUAGAGUGUGUCGCAAUAUUUACUAACAUUGACAUCGGUGUAAGCUUAAUUUUCAAGAGAAGAUUAUAUUAUAUCGAUAUAGAUAGCGAAAAGAGGAAAACGUUAUUUUGUGUUAUAUUCAACAUCCAUCCUAUUAGUGCCGCUAAUGAACGUUUUCUUUUCUGCACAAAUCAUGUUUUGCGUUGAUAUACUAUAUUAUAAAAUAGCGUUUGUAUCCGAAAUUACCGUAAAAGAUUACUAACGAGGAGGAUCUUUUCUUGAUCUGUAUCAUUUGUAUUCCCUCGCGAUACGCUAGGAUACGUCAGAUUUUUUGCCUUGUACAGUUUUACGUAAUAUUAGUAAACUUUGUAAACAAAUAGUAUUCGUACAGAGCAUUGAACCGAAUUGCGUAGCAGAGAUCAGCAGGUAAGGAGAUUUAGGGAAGAAGGGGGGGAGAGAGAGAGAGAGAGAGAGGAAUUACGAGGAAGAUUACUCUCUUCGAAAAAGAACAAUUUAGACUGAAAUGUAACUAUAUGAUGAGUAGGCUAAGUCUCUAUAACGAUUGAUUAUAUAUUUUUCAUAGAAUGAAAGACUACACGAGCUUUACUUUCACUAAGCGAUUCGUACGAUUGUUGAAACGACUUUAUCAAAGCACGCUGUUCUACGAUAUUGGAUUAAUAUCGCUACAUUCUACGCUACCGAGAUACGAGUUUAUUAGUCGGUUUAAUGCCCUAUGGCAAAGCCUUACGGUAAAAUGAGAAUGUCUCUCGUUUGUAUAAACCGGGCGCAUACUGUGCUUAUCUCGUCAAUAAUUGCGAAAGAGAACGAGUUCACGAGUGUAUAGGCGGAAAAAACGCUGUUGCUGUAAAUAAAAUGACAACUUAUGUGAUAUAAUUAUAUUAUGAAUAAUGUAAAUCGAUAUGCUGAUACGUAUUCACAGCGCUGGAGGAACAGCGCAGGGAAACAGUGGACGCCAUUCCAACGUGUUACGGCGAGAGCGAUUGAUUGACGUCUUUAUAAGAGACAAUGGUAAUUUUUUAUAAAAUGCGAUUUAUAGAAUACUGUUGACUCUAGCCAGUAAAGUGGUUCAGUGCUCUUCUAGAAUCAUCGAGUUGGUCACUUUCACCGUAACGCAUACGUAUACUGUGUAUAUGAUCAUGUGUAUUAGCGCUUAUACGAUUAUAUUUACACACAUCUAUUAGCUGGAUAAUUUUAGUAAACUUAAAUGAAAUAAGCGUCCGAACGUUUUUGGCGGUUACCGAAAAAAAGGAGAGAGAGACAGAGACAGAGAAACAAGUUCGAGUCUCUAAUUUUGAUGUUGAUUGUUAUCCUACCAAGAUUGUAGAAAAAAUUAUCUUCCCAUUUUUAGCAUAAAACGUUACCGCGCUCAGUGUGAUGAGAACUGACAAUGUACACCGGACGUUGAUCGAUCAUGUCCGAUCAUUUGAAGAACAUCGAUUCGUUUCAUCGUACUAACGACCCUCGUAACAAGAAAUAGCACAAACAACAAGAUAUUUAUGAGAUCAAAGCGAAAGGAAGGAAUCACAGAUAUCUAUCUGUUAGCUGUGAUUUUUCCCUCUAUAAUAAACGCACCACCGGGAGCAGCGAGCUGAUUUCCGAGUUUCGAGGGAAAUCCACAUUAUGUCGUUAGAUUAUUAUGUACAUAACGAUAAGAUUAACGAUAGCGAUAAAUUCUUUACUCUUUAACUAAGUAGUAAUUUAUUCUUUAGCGUACGCGAGGAUGGCUUCGUUUCGGAUUUACUAAACGUGGUCGUUUAAGAAAGACAUAUAUAUCUUUCAUUCGGUUCAUCACGAAUGGAUAUGUCGUUUCACUGGUGCCGCGUGCAGGCCAAUAGUUAUAAUUGGCUCGGAAGGAACAAACUAUACGCAUUAUUUUAUUUCUAUUCGAGUAGAGGACGAUGCGAUAUGAACAGAUGAGUUAAAUGCAAAAUCAUGUUUUGCGUUUAAGCUUCGGGGAUUAAUUAUCGAACGGCACUGUAAUGUAACUUCGUCGUCGCUUCUUUCGAGAUGACGUUCAUACAUACAGUGUAUGCUCUACAGUUUUUAGGCCCUUCGAGCUAUCUAUCGAUAUUAAUGAAUAAUAAUUAUAAUUAUAAUAAUAUAAUAAUAAUAAUAUAAUUAUGAUUAUGUCCUUAUGAAUAUUAACAUAAAUCAAAAUAUGAUUAUAUUUAUAAUUAUAUAUAAAUGUAAUUAUAUUUAAUAAAUUUGCAAGGUUCGUGUUGCAAUCGCGAUACAAGAAAUCAUUGUAAUCGUCCCGAGCAUGUGCGACGGUAAACCAGUGACAUAUCCUUAUAAGAUCGCGAGAUUCGUGUAAACGCAGAAUAUAGCGAAUUCUCCUUAUUUGAUAGUUUAUACGAUACAGCGCGAGAUCGUGUAGACAGAUUGUAACUAUAAAUGACGAAUCGCGACACACCUUUGUAUUCUAACGCGAUAUCAGAAAAAUCGGAGGUGCUCAUGUAUUCGCAGAAUAGUAUAUUAUCGAGAGAUAGCUUUAUUUAAUAUAAUGUAUAUACUCUUUAGAUAUAUAUAGAUAUAUGCGUAUUUAUAGAAUCUAAAAAUGUUCGAGCCAUGUAAAAGCAUGAAUAAAUUUUUUUUAUAAAUA